AUGAGCAUAGAACAGCAAAGGGCGCCAUCUGCACUCAGUGGUGAAUCUUUCUACACUGACGCUUUCCAUUCUCCACCGACUCCUCAGCCUACAGACACUACACCAAAGGAUAAAGGUAAACAGAGAGCACAGUCUGCUAGCCCUGGGAAUAUUCAAAAUGAUUCUCUGGGUAAUAUCCCUUCAAGGCCGCAAUCUGCCGCUUGGGAUCAAUCUUGGCUAACUGGCAGUCCGCUUUCGGAGACAAACGCACCAGCCAAAUUAAUGAAUCAGGGUCAUUUAAAGCCCGGUGCCCAUGCCUCUCUAUUAUCACAUAACAAAACACUCGAAUUAUACCGACAAAACGCGCGCAAGUCUAACGAUCCAUCGGUUCCCUUUGAGCUGGCUAUGUUCCAAUUGGAAGCCGCUAAAGAAUUGGAUCCAACGCCAACAAACCAUGCUGACCCCAACAACGACAAGGAUCGGGAAGAGCUUAUAAAGGAGGCAACUGGUAUUUUAAGCAGGCUAAGCUCUAGGGGUCAUACGGAGUCUCAGUAUUUAUUAGCUGAUUGUUUCUCCUCUGGAAUUGGCACUUUACGUGGUAGACAAGACUUCGAUAAAGCGUUUCCUUUAUUCGUUCAAGCUUCUAAACAUGGUCAUCCUGACGCUUGCUACAGAGCUGGUGUCUGCUUGGAGAAUGGGUGGGGAUGUAGAAAGGAUAAUAGCAAAGCCACUUCAUUUUAUAAGAAGGCUGCAACUUCACUCCAUCCAGGUGCUCUAUACAGACUGGGUAUUGGCGAGCUCAAAGGUGAAUUGGGCUUACCCAAGAGACCCAAAGUUGGUGUCAAGCAUCUUACCAGAAGUUGCGAAUUGGCUACAGAAGAGUUCCCGCAUGCACUCCAUGAAAUGGCAAAGCUUUACGAAAAAGGAGUUGAUAACGUCCUUUUCAUCGAUUUAGAUUACAGCGUAGAACUGCUUGCGCAAGCAGCAGAGCUGGGGUAUGCGCCAAGCGCACAUACAUUAGGAGAAUGCUAUGAAUAUGCAAAGCUCAAUUGCCCUCAAGAUGCAGCACUGUCAAUACACUAUUAUAACAUCGCAGCUCAACAAGAUCAUCGUGAAAGUUGCUUUGCUUUGACUGCUUGGUAUCUAGUCGGCAGUCCGGGGAUAUUACCACAAUCUGACACUGAAGCUUAUCUAUGGGCAGUCAAAGCAGCCGAGCAAGGUCUUGCUAAAGCUAUGUAUGCUGUUGGAUACUUUAGUGAGGUUGGUAUUGGUACUACCUCAGAUCAGAAAGCUUCAACCAACUGGUACAAAUCAGCUGCUGAAAAUGGCGAUGAAAGAGCUAUCACGAGGUUGAAACAAAAUGGCAUCAAGAUUGAUCAUCUUCCUCAGUCUGAUAGCUCGGGUAAGCUCUCUAAACAUUCUUCGCAAAAAGAAUGCAUUAUAAUGUGA